AUGAUGAAACCUCUACCACAGGACGCAUUUCAAGGUCACAGAGAUACGAUGGGAGUAAGUAUCGCAAGAGUAAACGCGGAUGCAAACCACGCUUUUACUGAACCACUGAAUAGUGAGGAGAAGAAAGUAUGGGAUAAGAAUAAUCCCGAAGCCGACGAGCCCAUGACAGAGAAUGUCAAUGAGAAACAGAAGGGUCGUCGAGGAAUCCCAGUUCGCUUUGAGAAGAGAGCCCGAGCUAAGAGCUGGCCGAAACGGCUAUGA